UCGACGAGCACGGCGGUAUUUUGCACCGUGCGUGGCGCGCGCGCCUUCCCGCGUGCCCACGCCUACUUCGGACAUCGGAGCUGCUACGUCAAGCCCGACAGGAGAGGCGACGGCAGCCCGGCCACCAUCACGGAGGAAGUAAGUGAUGAUUUUGCGUGAAAGACCUGUAAUGACGAUGAAGAUGAUGCGUUUAAUGGCGGCCGCCGGCGCGCUGUAGAGGUCAAGGAUGAGCAGGCGGCCAUCGGUGCUCGCCUUGGCGGCACUCCUGCUGAGCAUAUCCCCGGACAGGACUGACGGCAGUGGCGGAUCGGCGGCGGAUUCUGGAGCACAGCCCAGGUGGCGCCACGUCAACGGCAGCCAUGAAAGCGCCACUCCCGGCUUCUUCACCAGCGCGUCCGAAGAGCCGCCGCCGCUGUGCGCCUACCAGGUGACAGAGGGCGGCGUCGGCGGCCCGCUCUGCUUCCGCCACACGCUGCCGGGCUACACGUGCCAGCGGGCGGACUGCAGGUCGGCGGUGUCCUCGGGCAGCCUCGCGGCUAACAUCCUCCUCAACGGCAGCGUGCUGCUCCAGUGGCGCCGAGACGGCGACGUCCCGGGGUCGUCGAGUCUCUUCGCCGGGCGCCGCCACAGACGCCGAGGCUACGAGCUGAGCUGCUGGUGGAACGGCAGCUACACGCAGUUCGAGUGCGCCGGCGUCCACCUGGGCGCGGGCUGCGGCGACUUCCUGCUGACGGAGCUGCACGAGAACAUCCCCUACCGCGUGUGCCUGCGGGCCGCGGCCCGGAGGAGCGGCGGGCGCGGGGACUGCGUGGAGUUCGUCCUGCCGCCGUCCGGGAUGCAGGAUAUCGUCAUCGCCAUGACGACGGUCGGGGGAGCCAUUUGCGUGAUGUUGGUCAUCAUCUGCUUGCUGGUGGCGUACAUCACGGAGAACAUCAUGAGCCCCUCCACGCAGCACACCUACUCGUACCGCACGCACUCGCGACACUGAGGUCACGCCAUCCAAUGUCACCCGUCCAUCGAGCGCAACAUUAAUGUGCCACAGGGGUGUCCAAAUUGCGGUCCUGGUGCCAUCUUCUGCCCACAAUCAGUUUUUUUAUUUUAUUGGCCCUAACAUUUAUUAUUAGAUAUUACACCUGUUACAUGUUGAUGAUUUGUUUGCUGCUUAAUCAUCACGGAGCCAUGGCACAUAUUACGGCAGGGGUCCCCAACCUUUUUUGCACCACAGACCGUUUUAAUGUUAUGUUAUGUUAAGUUAUUUUCAUUUAUUAUGC